AUAAUUUGGGAGAGCAUCAAGUCCUAAAUCUACUGGUUCGGCGGCAUGUGGUCCCGGAAGUCAAUUUGAGAGGAAAAGUUGUUCUGUUUUUUAAACAUUAUUAUUACUGUACUCACUGAGUUUGCGAUUCAUUCAUUCAUUCUGUGAACUGGAAGAUCCCGUUCCUAUAAAUAAAACUAUAACCAUUCAAAUCUUCUUCUUUCACCGAACAUCAUUCACAUUAAACUAAACAGGAAGAACUUAGGCGUGUCCACUGUUUAGCAGUGGAAUUUGCGCUGUCGAAAUGACUUCGAAUACUACAUCUGGAAAUGUUUGCCCGUCGCCAAUGAAGUCCACAUCUAACGGUGUAUUUCAGGGAGAUCACCCUCUUGAUUAUGCACUUCCCUUGGCUAUUUUACAGAUAUGCCUUGUUCUUGUAGUCACAAGGGGAUUGGCUUAUCUUCUAAAACCUUUAAGGCAACCGCGAGUUAUUGCAGAGAUUGUUGGAGGAAUACUACUUGGGCCAUCAGCACUUGGACGGAAUAAAAGCUAUCUACAUGCAGUUUUCCCACCCAAGAGUCUUCCAGUAUUAGAUACUCUAGCAAACCUUGGCCUUAUAUUCUUUCUAUUUUUAGCAGGCAUAGAGUUAGAUCCCAAAUCUCUUCGGCAAACUGGAGGACGAGUCCUUGCAAUUGCUAUGGUCGGAAUAAGCUUACCCUUUGCACUAGGGAUUGGUUCAUCAUUUGUUCUGAAAGAAACAAUUGCCAAAGAUGUAAAUACUUCUGCAUUUCUCGUAUACAUGGGAGUUGCUCUGUCUAUAACUGCAUUUCCUGUAUUAGCCCGUAUUUUGGCUGAGUUAAAACUUCUAACCACCAGUGUCGGACAAAUGGCCAUGUCGGCUGCAGCAGUUAAUGAUGUAGCUGCCUGGAUUCUUCUUGCUCUGGCUGUUGCCUUAUCAGGAAAUACCCAAUCUCCAUUAGUGUCAUUGUGGGUCUUUUUAAGUGGGAUUGUUUUUGUCGUUUUUUCAAUCCUCAUUGUCCUUCCAAUUUUCAAAUGGAUGGCUCAACAAUGCCAUGAAGGUGAGCCAGUCGAUGAGUUGUACAUAUGUUCUACAUUAGCUGCUGUUCUGGCUGCUGGGUUUGUCACAGAUGCUAUUGGAAUUCAUGCCAUGUUUGGCGCGUUUGUUUUUGGAAUUCUGAUUCCGAAAGAUGGACCAUUUUCCGGCGCUCUUGUGGAGAAAAUUGAGGAUCUUGUGUCUGGUUUAUUGCUACCACUCUAUUUUGUGUCAAGUGGAUUGAAGACUGAUGUAGCCACCAUUCAGGGGCUGCAGUCAUGGGGUCUUCUAGUUUUCGUUACAUUUACUGCUUGUUUUGGGAAGAUUGUUGGGACUAUUGUAGUGUCUCUUUUAUGUAAAGUGUCUUUUAAUGAGUCUGUAGUGCUUGGAUUCUUGAUGAAUAGUAAAGGCUUGGUUGAAUUAAUUGUCCUCAACAUCGGUAAAGAUAGAAAGGUUUUGAAUGAUCAAACCUUUGCCAUUAUGGUUCUCAUGGCUCUCGUUACUACUUUCAUGACCACUCCUCUUGUGAUGGCUGUGUACAAGAGGAAAGCAGGAAUAUUUGAUUACAAAUACAAAACAAUCGAAAGGAAAAUUUCAGACAGCCAAUUGAGGAUUCUUGUUUGUUUCCACGGUGCAAGGAAUAUUCCAUCGGUGAUAAAUUUGAUUGAGACUUCAAGAGGAAUAAAGAAGCGUGAUGCACUUUGUGUGUAUUCAAUGCACCUUAAAGAAUUUUCCGAGAGGUCCUCGUCAAUACUAAUGGUACAAAAGGUAAGAAAAAACGGAUUGCCGUUUUGGAAUAAAGGUCACCGUGCAAAUUCUGACCAUGUUAUUGUGGCAUUUGAGGCUUACCAAAAACUAAGCCAAGUUUGUGUCCGUCCAAUGGUAGCAAUCUCCUCAGUAGCUGACAUUCAUGAAGACAUAUGUGCAACCGCUGAAAGAAAGAGAGCCGCAAUCAUCAUUCUCCCAUUUCAUAAGCAACAAAGAUUAGACGGUUCACUUGACAUUACAAGAAAUGAUUUUCGAUUUGUUAACAAAAGGGUACUCGAGCAUGCACCGUGCUCGGUUGGAAUUUUUGUUGAUCGCGGGCUUGGUGGUACAUGUCAUGUGUCUGCAAGUAAUGUUUCUUAUUGUGUUUCUGUGCUUUUCUUUGGCGGUGGUGAUGACCGUGAAGCUCUUGCUUAUGGAGCUCGUAUGGCUGAGCACCCUGGCAUAAAAUUAGUGGUUAUUCGUUUCUUAGUGGACACUAAUAUUUUAGGGGAGAUUACCAAAGUUGACGUUGGAGAAUCAUCUAGCGGUAAAUCAAUCUCAGAGGAUGAGGAAUUCCUUGCGGAAUUUAAGCUGAAAACGGCCAGUGAUGAAUCCGUUAUCUAUGAAGAGAAAAUUGUAAAAGAUGCUGCAGAAACAGUUGCUGCUAUCCGUGAGUUUAAUUCUUGCAAUCUGUUUCUUGUGGGUCUAAGGCCAACCGGUGAAUUAGCCUGUGCUCUGGAAAGAAGCGACUGCCUGGAACUAGGACCUGUUGGUGAUUUGUUGGCAUCCCAAGAUUUCCCCACAACAGCAUCAGUUUUGGUGAUGCAACAGUAUCACAAUGGGGCGCCGACGAAUUUAGGCCCAGUAAUGGAGGAACAUUCACACGAUGUAGACACAGAAUCUGUCUAACUAUUCUGUUAUAAUAUUGUUGCAGAACUCACACGGGUGGGAAUAAGUAUUCUAACAUGCAUUAGACCCAAUUAUACAUAAAUAAGAAAGUCUAUUGAAUUGUAUAUUGAUACUCUAUUUUUGUUGUUAUGAUGAUUAUAUUUUGUUUUUUUAGUUUGUCAUAAUGUCUUGAAAUUCUGUUUUGUCUACUUAAAAGUUUAGUUUUGUUGGUUUAUAUAAAUACUUUGGCUUAUAUUGGUA